GAAAGUUUGUAGCUGCAGUGGUGUGUCUCAUGUUGCAAAAAGCAGACAACAGAAAUGGAAUACUUGGGUAUCCAGCUCUUAUCAACAGGAACAAAUCUUUUACUUUCAGUGCAAGCAGCAAAUUCAAGUAGUACAGAAGGUUACAGCAACAAAGGUUUUUAUAACUUGUGUCUUUAAAGGAUAUUCUGACUGAAGAGAUAUUUAAGAAGCUCUUCUAUUUCGCCAUUAACUAUUAAGGAAUAACGAUCAGAAUUCUAGAAGAGGGAACAAUCUCAUUUAAAUGAAUCUGUAACUCGUAAAGACAGAAGGCAGGUCGGUGACCUAAGAGCAACAGUCUACUUGAGAUUUAAUUUUCAUUAUGUUGUUCAUGAACACCCAGAACACUGCACUAUAAUGCACAAAUGGAUACUGACAUGGAUCCUGCCAAUUUUGCUCUACAGAUCAUACUUUUACAUUAUCUUUCUAAUGGGCACUAUAUCUUUAGCUUGCAAUGACAUGACUCCAGAGCAAAUGGCUACAAAUGUGAACUGUUCCAGCCCUGAGCGACAUACCAGAAGCUAUGAUUAUAUGGAAGGGGGGGAUGUAAGAGUGAGAAGACUUUUCUGUCGAACUCAGUGGUAUAUGAGGAUUGAUAAGCGAGGCAAAGUAAAAGGGACGAGAGAAGCAAACAACAACUACAGUAUUCUAGAAAUCCGAACAGUGGCAGUUGGAAUAGUGGCAAUCAAAGGAGUGGAAAGUGAAUACUUUCUAGCAAUGAACAAGUCAGGAAGACUCUAUGGAAAGAAAGUAUGCAAUGAGGAUUGCAACUUCAUAGAACUAAUUGAAGAAAACCACUAUAAUACAUAUGCUUCCGCAAAAUGGACACACAAAGGAAAAGAGAUGUUUGUUACAUUGAACCACAAAGGUGUUCCCAUGAAGGGUAAAAAAACAAAGAAAGAACACAGAGCAUCCCACUUUCUUCCUCUGGCAAUAUCCUAAUCAUACAUGAUCUGUACAGAACUAGUUCCAGCAGGAAGAUUAUUUUUAAGAAGAUUAUUUGACAAGGUAUCAAGAGAGGCUGGAAUACUACUGAGAAACUGAACAAGCUGGACUUGCGCAUUUAUGUUUAUUUUUAAGAGACUUCAUGGAAAAGAUUUGAAAAUAUACACAAAACCAGAUUUCCUAACUAAAAGCUGUAAAAAAUUCUAAAGAGUUGUACAAUCAUUAUCUUAGUCAUUUUAACUGGGUAGUUUCUUAAAUUAAUUUACCCUACAGAAUAAGUCAUGACUUGAUUAUCUGAUAAUAUUUAAUUUAAAUGAAAAAAACCACACACAAAAAAAAAAACAGAAAACAAUCUGCUUCUUAAAUAUGGCUGCUAUAAUAAUAAUAAGCAGAUGAUAAUGUUGUGUAAAAUAUGUCAGACUUUAAGGCUGCUGGAAUGAGUUGUCAGAUUAUCAAGUCAGUAGUAAGCGUGGAGGCUGAGCAGUAUUUUAAAUACUUCCCCCAAUAAGCAGAUAUCCUAUACAUAAACUAUAUGAUCAGAAAAAUAUAUAAUCUUGUAAAUGUCUAUUGUUGCAUUCAGAUAAAAGAGUUAGUUUGGAAAAAAUAAGUUUACUCUACUACAAAAAUGUUCCUAUCUAUUAAUGAAACAAAUACUUAAUGCUGCUCUAAAAGAUGUUUCAAAAUAGUGUAUGUAAAAUAAUAGGAAUAAAUAACAUACUUCAUCUCACUUCUCACAAAGUAACAAUUUAUAUAACGACGAAGCAAAAAUUCAGACAUAUUAAGGUAUUUUAUGUAACAUAUCCUAUCUUUUGUAUAAUUCCUGUUAGGGCAUACAGCUUUUAAUAUUGUUUUGUGUUUUUUUUUUUUUUCCAACCUUAUACAUGCUUUUUCUGUUGUUACAGCAUUAAACUUUAUUUUAAGUUGUAUUUGAACUUUAUUGUUUUAAGUUAUUUAAAUGUUAUUUAUAUAAAAAAAGAACUUAUUAAGCUGCAUCUGUUUCAUAUGCUUUUAAUUCUAAAGGAAUAACAAAAUGGUCUGGCUGAGAUGCAUGAAUUUUUUUCUGUGACCAGACACAAAGUCUAGUACACAACCCUCUUGCCAACAUACGUUGGAUGGCAGACAAAAACGACAGCCUGCAGCAAAUCGCACAACGGACAUCUCAAAGGAAACAAUGCAAAAACAUAAAAAAUCUUUGCCACACGCUCAAGUUGAUUUAAUAGCAGCUCAGAGUCACACUAGGUAAAAGAAAGUUGCAGAAUAAAUCCUCAGGUGGUGGAACUGAUCCUCAGAGAACAGUGUAAGAAUCCAUAUGACUAAUCUGAAAUGAAAGACCAGCCAAGAUCCACGUGACGCGAUGAAGAAGAGAUGCAUUAUUUUCCUAGGUAUCAAAGUGUUUAAGUAAGCCCUACAGGACUGAAAAGUUACUUCAUUCUGUUCAGUUUGCCUACCAGUUUUCUCAGCAUUGUGAUCUGUGCUCAAAGAUCACCAAAAUUUAGCCAAAACAGCUGUUGCACAAUUGUUACCAACUUGGGAUGGAGUCAAGUGGAGUUAAUGGACUUAAGUGCUCUACUUUUCAGCACAGGUAUCUAGACACAAUCUUUUUUUUCUACAUAUUGAGACACCUUCUUCGUAACUGCACUCACACAGAACUGCCUGCAACAAUUCUCUUUAAGAAAUAUAUACAUAUCCUUUAACAGUAUUUGCUUAUCAAAUACUAUAAUUUGGAAGUUGUGGAGUUUGACUAAGUAUUAUUACAAAUUGAAGCGUAGAUAUGAACCAGACCACGCAGAAAAUUUGUCAAUACAACUACAUGGGUAAACAUUCACUGUGCUUCUGCUGCUUGAUCUAUUGCUUGUUCAGGGAAAACAACAGACUGUACUAUCAAGGAAUACUUCUUGCUGGAAACUGUCUGCACUUCUCUGUGAAUAUAUUAACACUGAAAUAAAGUUCCUAUUCACAAUUAACAUUAAUAUACUAGCAAAAGUUUCUAGAUACAAAUUAGCUUAGUUGAAGCUUUGAAAUAAAAAUGGAAAGAGCAAAAUCUC